AUGGAACUGAGCGCAAUGCCGAACGAGUUACUAUUAGAGAUCGCCGGUCGACUUUCCAGCCUUAAUUGGCAAUUCAACAAUCUUCUUUACACUGACUUACACAAGAGAGCCAAUGCCCCCAGGCUUGACUAUACAUCCUCAGCAACUCUUCCUGCAUUGGAUUGGGCGGUACAUCAAUUCAAGACGGCACUCGUGCGAUACCUCCUCGAAAACGGCGACACUGGCCCUGGUGGCCUUGGGCACUGGUAUUUAUAUAAUUGCGUUAUCGGCGGAUAUUACGAGCAGGUGGAUAUCGUCCGCAUGUUCGUCGUCAAAGCAGGGGCGCUUGGAAGGAUCGCUCCGGAUGAAGCUACUAGAUUGGGAAACAGCGUUGAGACUGUCGUUGAGAUCAUCGAAUUGCUUCUAUCCAAGUAUGCCGCGAAUUCAACGGAGAAUGCACCACCAGAUUCGACUACGUCAUAUGCAACCACGGUAAUUCCGUCGUCAUUCCUCCACAGAGUAGCUCGGUUCCAGAAUCCCGACCUGUUCAAGCUACUCAUCGAACACGGAGCGGAUCUAAGCUGGUUCCAUGAAGAUCACGAUCCAAUACUACUCGAAGUGGUUCGCGAUACCGAUCGAGCUCGACGAAUUACCCAACUCGGCCUCAUAUUGGCAGCCGGCGUAGACGUCCACCAAGUCUACAAGAACAAAGUCUGGAACGACAUGGGCGACGACGUGCCGACUGGUCAAAAAGCUCUCCAACACGCCAUGGACUACGGGAAAGUUCAAACGGCUAUCAUGCUCCUCGAAGCGGGCGUGCCUGUCACCAAAAAGCACUACGUACCAUUCCACAUUCAUGGAAAGAUUAGGAGAUAUCUUUAG